UUACCAUCUCUCGGAUGCGAUCCGUCUCGAUCCCAGCUGAGCAGCAUUAUCAUUAUUAUAUUUCCUCAAUAAUAAUUCCAUGCCCGGCCAGCCUCUUCAACGCAACCACACCAUGCCGCAGCCCGUCGUCGGUGGGGUCAGGCUCGCAAUAUGGACCGGUUUCGCCGUCAUUUUGCUGGCCUCGCCGGUGCAUGGGCUGGGCGUAAACUGGGGCACCCAAGCCGCCCAGUUUCUGAACCCUUCCAUCAUCGUCCAGAUGCUCAAGGACAACCACAUUGACAAAGUCAAGCUCUUCGACUCCGACCACUGGACUGUCAACUUCUUCGCCGGCACCGGCAUCGAGGUCCUUCCCGGUAUCCCCAACAAUCAGCUCGAGAGGUUUGCCGAUGAUCUUGACAAUGCCAAGGAUUGGGUUAAGGCAAAUAUUAGUUCCCAUAUACACGAUGGAGGCGUCAAGAUCAAGCACGUAGCCGUUGGAAAUGAGCCGUUCUUGAAGGCGUACAAUGGAUCGUUCAAGGAUCUAGUAUUUCCGGCAUUGAAGAACAUCCAGAAGGCUCUCGAUGAAGCCGGUCUUGGAAAUAAGAUCAAAGCGACCAUCCCCCAAAACGCUGACGUAUACGCAUCCGGCACCGGCGGUCCGUCCGAAGGCAAUUUCCGGUCGGACAUCAGGGAUCUCAUGAUCAAGAUUUGCCGUUAUCUCCGGGACCACAGAGCUCCAUUCAUGGUCAACAUUUACCCUUUCCUUAGUCUCUACGAAAACAAGAACUUCCCCGUCGAGUUCGCCUUCUUCGACGGCCGCGCCAAGUCCGUUCAUGACAAAGGAGCGACAUACACGAAUAUGUUCGAUGCUAACUUGGAUACGCUAAUAUGGUCGUUGAGGAAAGCGAAAUGCGGGGACGUGAAUGUGAUUGUAGGGGAGAUCGGGUGGCCGACGGACGGGAACAAGAACGCCAACAUGAAAAUGGCGGAGAAAUUCUACAAGGGAUUUCUGAGGAAAAUGGCGAAGAAGGAAGGCACGCCGGUGCACAAGGGGGUCGUGGAGUUCUACCUCUUCAGUUUAACCGACGAGAACGCAAAGAGCAUAGCGCCGGGGGAGUUCGAGCGGCACUGGGGGAUAUUCGGGUACGACGGCAAGCCCAAAUUCCCGAUCGACUUCACCGGCCGCGGGAACGACAGGAUGCCGGUGGGCGCCAAGAACGUGCCGUACCUCCCGGCGCAGUGGUGCGUGCUGGACAACGAACAGAAAGACUCACACGCCGUCGGGAGUAACCUCGGGUACGCUUGCUCGAUGUCGGAUUGCUCGGCGCUGGUGCCCGGCGCGUCCUGCAACGAUCUGGACAUGCCCAGCCGCGCGUCCUACGCGUUCAACAUGUAUUUCCAGAUCAACAACCAGGACGUGGAGGCUUGCAACUUCGAAGGGCUGGCCAAGAUUGUGAAGCAUAAUGCCUCCACCAACGGCUGCCUGUUCCCCGUUGCGUUGGAGAGUGCUGCCACCAGAAGCGGUGGGAUCACCGCCGUCUUUGCCGGGAUCUUCUUCUUCUGCUUAGCGCUCUUAUAGAACGGGAUUUUCCCGAAUUAAGGGUUGCAGGCUCUCUCGUAAAUUAAAUAAAAUAUUCAUUUGUAAUGUAAUUGAGAAUAUUCCCAAAAAGA